CCAGAAUUGUAAAUACACCCGAGGUACGACCGUGAAAAAUAAAACGAGAAGUACGUAACAUACGUGCGAACAAUUAUUGGAGAUAACAUUAAUCGUAGAUAAAUGUUAACGCUUGAUCGUCGAAUCACUUACGUGUUAUUUCGAACAUCCGUUUCGCGAAAAAUCAUGAAAAUCAACUGAUAGCACUUGCGCAAUUGCGACAGCGGUAUACGUGAUACGUCAUAUUAUUUUGGAACAGGAGUUAAGUUUGCAAGAAGUGGAAUUUGUUAAAGGGGCCCAGCAACCGAAACACCCAAAAAGUUUUCCAAGAUGAGCACUGCAAGGGAACAGGCAGGACCUUCAAAACAGUCGGAUUCUGCUACAGAAGAAAAAGAAAAGGAUAAUCGUACAUUUGAGUGCAAUAUUUGUCUUGAUACAGCUAAAGAUGCAGUUAUUAGCAUGUGUGGACAUUUAUUUUGUUGGCCUUGCCUUCAUCAAUGGUUAGAAACACGUCCAAUGAAACAAACUUGCCCUGUAUGUAAAGCUGCCAUCAGCAAAGAUAAAGUCAUUCCCUUAUAUGGCCGUGGAGCUACAAGGCAAGAAGAUCCAAGGAAUAAUGUUCCACCACGUCCUGCUGGUCAGAGGACAGAACCUGAAAAUAAUGUUGGAUUUUCUAGUUUUGGGUUUGGAGAUGGUUCUUACAUGUCUUUUGGUAUUGGAACAUUUCCGUUUGCAUUUUUCACAUCGACUUUUAACUUUGGAGAAACACGACCAAGUGCUGCUGCUAGAGGAACACCACAAUACGAAGAAGAGCAAUUUCUAUCCAAGGUAUUUUUAUGGGUGGCAUUGAUAUUUAUCUGUUGGCUCUUAAUGGCGUAACAUUUUUGUUCAACGAUACUACUUGCUUCAUAUCUUGUAAUCUUAUAUGACUUGAUGGAUUGAUUCAUUACAUUUUUAUUAAUAAGUCAGUCUUUUUCCCGUUUGUAAAAUUAUUGUUACUCAUUGUAGUAACUAUACCUGCUUGAAUAAACAAACGGGUUUUAAUUAUUAUAGCUGUAAUAACAUUUUUACAUGUACAUACACUUUGUUUUUAUUCAUUUGUGAUUACAUUAAAGAAAUAAAUUUUGUAUCUAAACAUAAAGUUAUUAACAUUGUUAUUGAUAAUGUAAAAAAAAAAAUAUAGGUUAGUUUCUUGUAUUUACACCAUUACGUAAAUACGUGUAUUCAAGCAGGUUCUUUCCUGGUUUCAGAAAUUCUGAAACCUAUUCUAAUGAUAUUUAUGUAUAUGUAUAUAUAAAUAUACCACUCUUAGAUAUGUAAGAUAUUAUUUGUCCUAUGCAAACAUAAUUAAUUUUAGUAAAAACCUCAUGAACAGUUUUAUUACAUCAACUUGAACUUUCAUGGUUUACAGUAUCUAUGAUGUAAACAGUAUCAUAAUUUAGUUAUUAAGUUAUUGGUAUCACGUGCAAAUGAAACAGGUUGCAACUAUAUAAUACACAAUAUUGUAAUAUAAGAGUAUACAUAAAAGUUUAAAAACGUAA